GCGGAUCCCUCCGCCCGCGCUUGCUUGUGCUGAGGCCGAGGGAGCCGCCAUUUUGGAUGCUGAGCUUUGAGAACCGAGUCGGUGUCAGCCGUUUUCACGCCUGGAUUCAGCCAGGUUGAAUUCAUAGGUGUUCAGGAUGUUUUGAAAGUUAUCUAGGAGUAACAACACAGCAUGCUGGGCUCUGGAUUUAAAGCUGAGCGUUUACGGGUCAAUUUGAGAUUAGUCAUAAACCGUCUUAAGCUAUUGGAGAAAAAAAAAACGGAACUGGCCCAGAAAGCAAGGAAAGAGAUUGCUGACUAUCUGGCUGCUGGGAAAGAUGAACGAGCUCGGAUCCGAGUGGAGCACAUUAUCCGAGAAGAUUACCUUGUGGAGGCCAUGGAGAUCCUGGAGCUAUAUUGUGAUUUGCUGCUGGCUCGGUUUGGCCUCAUCCAGUCUAUGAAGGAACUAGAUUCUGGUCUGGCUGAAUCCGUGUCUACACUGAUCUGGGCUGCUCCUCGACUCCAGUCAGAAGUGGCUGAGUUGAAAAUAGUUGCUGAUCAGCUCUGUGCCAAAUAUAGCAAGGAAUAUGGCAAGUUAUGUAGGACCAACCAGAUUGGAACUGUGAAUGACAGGCUCAUGCAUAAAUUGAGUGUGGAAGCCCCACCCAAAAUCCUGGUGGAGAGAUACCUGAUUGAAAUUGCCAAGAACUACAAUGUGCCCUAUGAGCCUGACUCUGUGGUCAUGGCAGAAGCUCCUCCUGGGGUAGAGACAGAUCUUAUUGAUGUUGGAUUCACAGAUGAUGUGAAGAAAGGGGGCUCUGGAAGAGGAGGAGGGGGUGGUUUCACAGCACCAGUUGGUGGACCUGAUGGAACAGUGCCAGUGCCUAUGCCCAUGCCUAUGCCCAUGCCCUCUCCAAGCACUCCUUUUUCCUACCCACUUCCAAAGGGACCAUCGGAUUUCAACGGAUUGCCAAUGGGGACUUACCAGGCUUUUCCCAAUAUUCAUCCACCUCAGAUACCAGCAACUCCCCCAUCGUAUGAAUCUGUUGAUGACAUUAAUGCUGAUAUGAAUGUCUCUUCUGCACAGAUUGUUGGUCCUGGACCCAAGCCAGAAGCUUCUGCAAAGCCCCCUUCCCGACCUGUGGAUACCUAUGACAACUUUGUGCUACCGGAGUUGCCAUCUGUGCCAGACACACUACCGACUGCAUCUGCUGGUGCCAACACCUCAGCAUCUGAGGACAUUGACUUUGAUGAUCUUUCCCGGAGAUUUGAAGAAUUGAAAAAGAAAACCUAGGUCUUAUACUAGGCAACCUCCAGGCUCUGGGAUUUGAGACUGAGUUAUUUCUCCUUGUAACAAAGAAUCUCCAUGAAAUUCUUUUUCAUCUCUUUACCAUCACUGAGCACGCUCUUCCUCUGGGCUCUCUUCCUGCUCUAAAUUCUGCUGCUUUCCAGUUCUUUUUUGCUCCUAAGAGACUAAUGAUUAGAGACUAUGAGGCCAGAGCAGCUGACUCCUGGCAGCUGGGCUUGUGUCCAUCUCCUUUGAGUAUGAGCCCAGGUUUUCUCAUCACCUGUCCUGUCUCCCCACAGGGAGUGGGAAGGUGAAAGCAUUAUGAGGAGAGCUGCCAAAGAUGGCUGGACAUGGAGAAGAAUACUUCAUGAAGUCUCUCAGCCCUGUGCUGAAGUUCUAGACUUAGAAACAAACCCCUCGAUACAGAGGGAUUUGUGGUGAGCAAAAAUCAAAGCAAAGGUGUGCUAUGAAUGGGAGAGACUGAUUCUGGAAGCCACUGUAACAGUUCUUGGAACCUGGGUCCUCUCACUGGCAUAUACACUACUCCUUGCUGCAGGGCACUGUUCUACUUGGACUACCUGGAUCCAGUUGUGACGUUUUUAUGGAAAGUUGAAGGCUUCUCUUAGUUCUACUGGAUUCUCAGGGAGCCCUCUGUGGCCUUUUGCUUUGAGUGCUGUGUUUCCCUUUUACCAGAGGGCAGCACUGCAUAAAUUCCUGUUUUUCCCCAUAGCAUGUUCUGUUGGAUUGCAUUUACUGGCAAAGAAAGGACAGAUCACAUACUGGGCAGAAGUCACCAUUCAAGGCUAAGGUGGGCUUCCAGUUGCCUUAAUAGAAGUACUCAAGUCUCUUGGGUAAUGAGCUGGAAUGCCCACAGAAGAGGGGUUCCUGUUUUCAUUUGAAAACUUUAUGAUUAAGAGAACCUUUAAAAACUGAUUUCAAGUAAGUUUUUGGUGCCCAUUAAAAUGGUGGCUGUGGUUCACUACUUUCCUAGAUGGAUGAGACUCUUACUAUUAUAACUUAACGUGUUCCUUUGCCCCCUAGCUGAGGCCAUCCUUCCCCAGAGGGAUGGCAUUGGGAUCAAAAGAUAGGACUCUGGCUUCUGUGUAGUGUAAAUGUAAACACCUGUUUCAAGCAACUUUAAUGUUUCUGAUUGGUUUGUAUUUCAUAGCUCAGUAGCUGAUAAUAAAGUUAAAAAUUCUGUGCCCUGCUUUCUCCACUGGUUUGGCCAAACGAUGAGGUGCAAAUCUGGAUUUUAGAGGAGAGUAUUUUAAGCAAGUGACCCAUGCUGGGCACAAGCCAGACCUUGCCUUUGGUUCCUUAGGUAAUAUGGAUGCUUGAAGCAGCAAGGAGUCCAUUUCUCUCUCUGUUUCAGCCCAGAUAGCAUUUGUGAGUUUCUUUGGUUACUCCUCUGGGACAGGGCUCUCCAUUAGCCAGACCUGAUCUUAUAUAGCCAAACCGUAUAACUUUGAUUUUAAUAAACUGCAGUGAGCUCACCUCUGGCUCAUACAUAUUUCCCAUAGCCAUGCUGAAACCAUCAGUAGCGUUUUUUCACUUGGCUCUUUGGCAACAGAGCUGGAUUAUCCUGUAUCACUCUUUUAAAGAUUUUAUUUAUUGGAGGGGGCAAAGGGAGAAGGAGAAGCAUACUCCCCACCGAGCAGGAGCCCGAUGCAGGGCUCCAUCCCAGGACCUGACCUGGGAUCAUGACCUGAGCCACUUCGGCACCCCUGUAUCACUUGUAGUGUUAACCCAUUCCUGACAGAAAUUCAUAACUAGGAACUUGCAGCCAUGGGGAUUUUGAUUCCUUAGUGAUUUACAAAAUUAACAGUAUACUAUAAACCAAUAAUUUUCUAAACUAACCCAUGCAAAGAUAAGUAAUAAUAUGCUAAGUAGUAAUAAGCCAGGCUAGGAAGUAACAGAAUUAAGAUAGUUCAUCUUUUAAAACCUGUGUUAAAAAAAUAAAAUAAAAAAUAAAACCUCAGUGUUAAUGGCCAUUGUUAUCAUGGCUGUUUACUCACGUGUUCUGGUGCUGCUGGAUUCCCAGCAAACUGGAGAGCUUCUGUAGCACCAUAUCUAUCAGUGUACCUUCUUUCAGAGUCUAUUGAAAGACAGGAGAGAAGUGAGUGAAUUAAAUUAAAAUUGAUGCUAAUGUUGGAGGGGGAAGGUACCAAAAGAAUAAAAAAGUGUUAAUAGUAAA